AUGCAGUUAACGGAACUCUUUCUUCUGAUAGCAACUGUUAUUAGUGCUGCUCAAUCUCAGUCAUGGGCUGGUACUUAUACGCCUGAUUCAUCGUGCAGCACAUCCACUUGCUGCUGUUUAAGUGGAAAAGCAGUCGUGACAAGUUUGUCGACAAAUAGCUACUUGGUUAACUCCGGUGCGAGCGGUGCCUGUGGUGGUGUUACCACAGUCACAGGCAUACUCUAUACAAGUGGCUAUGCGGGUUCGAUGAUGGUGAUCGCCGACAAUGAUACACUGUCACUCAGCUCUGACAGUCGUAAUAUUACUGUCACCAAUCCAACCCAUCCAGCAUGCAGUGGCAAGGGAUACAAGAGUGGUACCAUGGCACAACAGGCUAAUAUCAUCACGUUAUUAGCUCUAUUUUUAGUGGGUAUGGUGAUCAAUGUCUCAACCAAAUGA